AUGGUAGCCAUCAAAACCAUGCAAACCUCUUUCAUUGCAACCAAACAUGGAAUUUUCCACACAAAAAGACCCCUCAACAAAAAGAUUUCUUUCCUGUGCCUCAGCAAGCCCAACGAUGAUUCAAAUUCAGAGGCUUCUUUUCCCGAAGGAGAUACCCGCAAGCAAGAGCUGCUUGCAAGAAUAGCGAUGCUUCAGGCUCAGAAAGUCCGUCUCACCGACUACUUGGAUGAAAGGUCAGCUUAUCUCUCACAGUUUGGCGAAGAAGCCAAUGCGGAGUUUGACAAGAUUGGAGAAGAUGCCCUCAAAGGACUGGAUGAAGCUAGUGCCAGGAUAAUGGAGAAUAUUGAGAGCCGCAUGCAGGCUUUUGAGGAAUCCUCAGAAUUGAACAGACUAGAGAUUGAGAAGAACGAAAACGAGGUAGCAGAGUUUGAAGGCCAAAUGGAGAAAGACCGGAAUGAAUGGCUGUUCUUCAAGAACCUGAGGCAAAGGACACCUGCAGAAAAAUCAGAAGCAAAAGAGGAAAUGGAGAAGAUAAAAGAGGUUACUAAAAAGAACGCCGGAUCAAAAACCAGGAGGAAUAUUUACCUCGCAUUAAUAGGCCUGAUAGUCAUUAGCAUUGCAGAUUCUUUCCUGUCCUCUACUUCUGAUUGGCGAAAGGUCGCUGUUCUUGGAGCAAUUCUAGUGGCUUUGCUAUCUCAGUUCAUCUACGAGCAGAGGAUUUUAUCAGAAACAGAAGAUAAGUAGAAGGGAAGACAGGUGAAGAAAAGAAGUGAAUAUCCUUGGCUAUGCGCUGAUAGAAUUUCUAAUAUAAGACUUUUAGCCAUAAUUGUGUUGAUCGAAUGUGGCAUGAUACAAUAACCCCAAGCUGAUACUAACGACUUGGGUCUGAUACAUCAAGCUACUUCACUUUGGCAUCAUCAAUAUCUGAACUUGGUGACAUAACUUAAACCACCAAGACCUGGGCAGCCAAGUUACCCUAUGUGAUGCUUUAUAAACAUUUCUCCACUGUAAAAUUGAUACAAAAGUACUAGCUAAAGGUUUCACAUUUUUUUUAAUAGGUAAAUAUAUGUAUGAUCAUCCAAUCCUGAAUGUUUUAUUUUCUUGUUAAUUGUUGAGAAGACAUUAUCUCUACGGUCCAUUGGAUGGUAAGCAACUUCUUGUAUACUAGAGGCAGCAUUUGUUUUUAAAAAAUAAUGCUCAAAAGGCUUGCAACAUUAGAACAAAAA